GCAGCAACAGCAGAAGAGACACACUUCACCUCAAAUCGCAAACAACACUGUCAUGGAGAAGACCGUUUGCACAGCACUCCUCUUGUCCAAUGUGUUGGGGCAAUUUUGGAAUAUGGGAUACGGGGGGAAUCCACCAUACAUCUCUGUGUCUGGGAAGCACGUCUAUGUUCAUGACCAAAAAAGGUGGUUAGAAGCUCAGAAGUUCUGCAAAGAACAUUACACCGACCUGUCCUCCAUCAGCAGUGUGUGGGAACAGCAGCAGCUACAAAGGCGGGGAGAUUGGUGGAUUAAUUAUUCCACCUGGAUUGGUCUGUACAGAGAGCCCAACAACAUAACAGGCUGGAGGUGGUCGGGAGGUGGAUACGCAACCUACCUUGGUACCUGGGACAGGAAUCAACCAAACAACGACAAUGGAAAAGACUAUGGUAUGAUUAUGGGAAAUACAUGGCAUAAUGCGGAUGAAGACCUUCAGAUACCCUUCUUCUGCUUGAAGCUGAUUGUGGUGAGGGAGAGCAAGACGUGGGAGGAGGCUCUGGAGUACUGUAGGGAGAAGCACAUAGACCUCACCAGCCUGGUAUCUGAGACGGAGCUGCUUCUGGCCCAGAGGGAGAGCAGGGAGGCCCAGACCACAACAACCCACUUGUGGACGGGCCUGCGUUACCUGGCCAACCGCUGGUUGUGGGUGAACGGGGACCCACUGGAGUACGAGGCCUGGCCCCAGGGUGGACUGCAUCAAUGCCCCGCCUGGAACCUCCGCUGUGGAGCCAUGGCAACAGAGGGAGCAUGGGAAGCCCGGGACUGCCAGGAGAGCCUCAACUUUAUCUGCUACUGAAGACUAAUUCCAAAUUGAAAGAUAACCUUUACUCCCUAUAUCCUUGAUAGAUUUAGCGUUCUCUCUUUAUUUCUACAUUGUUCAUUGUUUUGCAUAUGGGAUUUCUGCUAAAACUUGUAUAAAUACUUUUCCUACUAUGUAUAUUGUCCUUAUAAUUGUUGAAUCCCUUAAUCAAUUGAUAAUAAUUUUAGUUGUGAAUAGGCCUUUCCUAACUUUAUAAUCUAAUUUCUUUAUUAAAAUGUUGACUUCAAUCAA